AUGGGCCACAUGGGCAGCGGACUGCCUGCCCUCGGGGAUUUCCCAGGCUUCUACUACGCAGUCGUGGGCAGCGCCGUCGGCGUUGCGGCCCUCGUCAACGUAUACAACUAUCUGCUAUAUCGACAAAGACUGGCGGCAGCAGCACAAGCAGCGCCAACACCCGCCAAGCCGACCUCUUGGUUCGCUCUGGGGAACGCGACAGCAUAUGCCUUGGCACGGGAAGCCUCCAACUAUUCAGUACGGAUCCCAGUCAGAGACCGGAUCAUCAAGUUCCCCACAAUCGGCCGCACGUCACUGAUCUUGGCAAACAUCGUUGUCCUGGUCGUGCUGUGUCUCUACGGACUGGAUCUCGAAAGCCAGCUCAACCGAGAGACUGUCGGGUUUCGCUGUGGCAUCGUCACCCUCUCACAAGUCCCCAUUAUUGUCUUGCUGGCAGGCAAAAACAACAUCGUUGGCUAUCUUAGUGGCAUAAGCUACGAACGGAUCAACUGGAUACAUCGAUGGUGCGCUCGAUGUAUGCUCCUCACGGCAACCAUGCACAUGGGCUACUUUCUCAGUGCAUGGGCGCCCUACGACUACAUUGGCUAUCAGAUCAAGAACAACGAGUUUGUAUGGAAGGGGCUCGGUGCCUAUUGCACCUUGGUCUGGAUUGUCUUUAGCUCCCUAGCACCCAUCCGGGGAUGGAGCUACGAGGUUUUCGUCAUCCAACACAUUGUCUCUUUUGCCGUUUUCAUUUUCUUCGUCUACAUCCAUAGUCCUAUCAACAGGCGAGGCUAUGUCUGGGCACCGAUUGCCAUUUUCCUCUUUGAUCGCGUCUUCCGCGCGGUGCGCCUUUUAUACAUCAACCUCUCCCUCUUCCACCCUUCGCAACGUAAACAUGGCCAGAUGAAAGGCCUAUGGGCGUGCAAAGCCGAGUUUACACCUCUUCCGAAUAACACGACGCGAAUAGUUGUCCGAAACCCACCCAUUAGCUGGACCCCUGGCCAACACGUAUACCUAUCCUGUCAUUCAGUCGUGCCCUUACAAAGCCAUCCUUUCACCAUCGCCUCGAUACCGGAAGAUGGGAAGAUGGAGUUUUUUGUCAAGGCUGAAAAAGGUGGAACGAAGCAGUUUUACAAACACGCCGAAAAAUCAGGCAGAUCACCCGAACCGUUAGCAAAGUACAGGCCCAUCACCAUCGAAGGUCCCUACGGCAUUCUGCGGCCACUUCGACAGUUUGACAGUGUCGUUCUUUUGGCCGGCAGCACUGGAUGCACGUUUACUAUGCCGCUGCUUCGCGAUCUCAUACACGGCUGGCACGAAAAAGCCAACGGUACAUCUAGCAAAAAGUCGAUCCUGUGGGCCCCAAGUGGUAGCGUUACGCGGCACAUCCGCUUCGUCUGGGUUGUAAAAAGCAGCGGUCAACUCAGCUGGUUCUCUGAAAAACUGUCUUCCAUCUACACGGAAUUCCAAGGCCUCCAAGAAAGGCUGCGAGACAUCAAGCUCGAAAUGAGCGUCUACAUCACCUGCGACCCGGCCUUCACCGACGGCCACAAAUCAGGCGUCACCACCAACGCGGCAACCGCCUCCAACGACGCCAUCCGCGAAAUCAAGCACAGCAGAAUCACAAGCAUAGACUCGGACGACGGCCGCCCGUGCACACCGCAAAACGCCCUCUCAGCAUCAGCAUGCUGCUGCCGCAGCCCCAUUUCAGAAUUCCAGCCCCUCACCCGCAGACAAGUAUGUCACUGCGCCGCCACCUCGGCACCCCAGCAAGCCUCACCUGCGUCGGGGAUAUCCAAAUCCAAAUCCCGGCCUACGUCUCGACCACAUGUCACGGCUGACACACGGCCGGCCAGCCACGACUUGGCGGUUCACCCCUCCAUUGCCAUCUUGGCGGGUCGCCCCGAGAUCCGCAAUCUCGUGCGCCGGUCGCUGGAGCAGGCGUGGGGCGAGAGCGCCGUUGUGGCGUGUGGACCGCUGAGCCUGGUUGCAGAUGUCAAGCACCAUGUUGUGGCGCUGAGUGAUGAGAGGGCGGUGCACAAGGGGACGGGGGCUCAAGGUAUUUAUCUUCACACGGAGAGCUUUGGGUGGUAA